AUGGGGGCCACCGUCUUUUGGAUUACCUGCCCUCACCUAAACAACGUCAUCGCGCGGAUUGAGCGGAAUGGCGGGAUUCAGCAAGUGGCGCGGGUUCUCUCGGAGGAUGCCGCGGCCAUGGCGGCCCACGUCGCCUCCCACGCGCGCUAUGUGGAGCGGGUGAAGGAGCUGCUAUCAGCCCCACAGUGGGAAUUCUUCGUUUCGCAUUUUGUAGAGCCCGGGGAAGGGUUGUCGGGACGCCGGUUUGGGAAUGCGGCUGUGAGCCACGCUGGGGAUGUCAAAUGUCUCCACGCGUGGGUCGCUCAGGUGUUGGGGCGAGCGGCGAAUCCGAUUGGGGAAGGGGUGAUUAACUUCAUCCUGUUUUUGCACCGUCUCAUGAGCGAAUGUAGCAAGGGAGUUACCCGUAACGAUGAUAAGGCUGCUGUAAAGAUGUGUAUGAAUUCUCCAACGCUCUUUUACGAUUUUCUAACUCAAGCUUUUUCACAGCACCCCAACAGUGAGCGAGAGAUCGAGUUUAUGAUUGAGAAUGAGCGAAAAAAGGUACCGUAUUCAUGGAUUAGUGAUUGUGAUGCGUUGGAGGUCCUCAAACCCGAUCUUUGCCAGCGUUGCCUCGACGUGUUUUUAUUCUUAGAGGGAAGGUCCCCUCGCAUUUCCUCGAAGCGUCGGCUAAACUAA